GCCGGGGCGCCAGGCGGGCGGGGGACCUCGGGACCAGCCCUCUCCAGGGACCCCUUUGUUCGCAGCCCGGACGCCGACACCUCCGCAUCCCCCAAGGGCUUGACCGGCUGCACCGGCUCCGCGCCCCGCGGGCAGAGCUCUGAGCAGGAGAGGGGAGGGGGCGCCGCCGCCCGCCGGGGACCCUCCAGCGACCCAACUCCUCCCAACGACAUGUCGCGCUCCUUCUAUGUGGACUCGCUCAUCAUCAAGGACUCCUCCUCCCGCCCCGCGCCCUCUCUGCCCGAGCCGCACCCGGGGCCAGAUUUCUUCCUCCCGCUGGGCAUGCCGUCCCCGCUGGUGAUGUCCGUGCCAGGGCCCGGCUGCGCGUCCCGCAAGAGCGGCACCUUCUGCGUGUGCCCGCUCUGCGUCACCUCGCACCUGCACUCCUCCCGGGCCCCGGGGGGCCCCGGCGGCGGCGGCGGGGGCGCAGGGACCGGGGGCACCGGGGCCGGCGGUGGCAGCGGAGGGGCGGCGGCGGGGGGCUCCGGGGCCUUGCCCCUGCUCAAGAGUCAGUUCUCUCCGGGACCUGGGGACGCGCAGUUCUGCCCGCGCGUGAGCCACUCGCACCAUCACCACCAUCACCACCACCACCACCAGCCCCAGCAGCCCGGCUCGGCGGCGGCGGCAGCGGCUGCAGCGGCGGCGGCGGCGGCCCUGGGGCACACGCAGCACCACGCACCUGUCUGCGCCGCCACCACCUACAACGUGGCGGACCCGCGGCGGUUCCACUGCCUCGCCAUGGGGGGCUCGGACGUUGGCCAGGUGCCCAACGGCAAGCGGAUGAGGACGGCGUUCACCAGCACGCAGCUCCUGGAGCUGGAGCGGGAGUUCUCUUCCAACAUGUACCUGUCUCGCCUCCGGAGGAUAGAGAUCGCCACGUACCUGAACCUGUCGGAGAAGCAGGUGAAGAUCUGGUUCCAGAACCGCCGGGUAAAGCACAAGAAGGAGGGGAAGGGUGCGCAGAGGAACGGCCACGGGGGCUGCAAGUGCGUCGGCGGCGGCCAAGCGCAUUACGCGCGCUCCGAGGAUGAGGACUCCCUGUCGCCGGCCUCGGCCGCCGAGGACAAGGAAAUCUCCCCCUUGUGAGGGGGGGUUCCUCUCAGCACCCGCUCCCGGAAGCACCCACUAAGCCAAGGCUGCAGGCACCCAGGGGUCAAAUCCUCGCCCAUGUCGCGGUCCCAGCGGCAAAAGCGCGGAGCCCAGUGUCCCCAGCGCGAACCCGCCGGGUGAUCCUUCGCUUCCCAUCUACACUCCUUGGCCUAUUUGUUUAGGGUUCCGCUUUCGAGAAUGCGAAUAGAUUUUGAUUAAAUGUAAAUAACCUAGAUUCCGCUCAGUCUUGUCAUAUAACAGGAGGAAAAAAAAAACACACCGCAUUAUUGGCUUAAGUUUAGCACUGUCCGGUUUUGUUUCUACAGCGAGUGUCCUGUGCCCUUCCCUACCGUCUUUCAGAACCUGAUAAGAACACCGGGUUUCCUGAUUAGUUUCUUUUUUUUUGUUUGUUUUGUUUUUUAAAUAAAAGCAUUGGUGUGCAAAUAAUUUAAAAAAGUAAACCCUGUAGGUCUUGCUUUCUGAAAACUUGCCUGGGGAGAGUUUAAAAUCCCAGGGAUGGAAGUCCCUUUUUAUGUGAAUAGUUUUCUAUAAGAUUCAUAUUUAUAUUUAUUUAAAUAAAUGAAACAAAA